UAAAAGCACGCAUCGAUGGCGAGUCUCUUCCAAGUUCGAUUCCUCCUCACUCUUCGGUCACAAAUCGAAGGCAAGAUUUCUAACUCGAUUGCUUCCGCCAUGGCUUCGCCCAAGCUCAGCUCAAGACUCGCCUUCAGCGCCCCCCUGCCGCCGCCGGAUCUGCCGGUGCCCGCCGCCUUUCGCUGCCCCAUCUCGCUCGACCUCAUGAAGGACCCAGUCACGCUGCACACCGGCAUUACCUACGACCGCCACGGCAUCGAGACGUGGCUCGACGCCGGGCACCGCGCCUGCCCCGUCACCAACCAGCCCCUCCUCUCCGACGACCUCGUCCCCAACCACGCGCUCCGCCGGAUGAUCCAGGCCUGGUGCGUCGCCCACCGGUCGCUGGGCAUGGAGCGGAUCCCGACGCCAAGGAUCCCGGUGGCCCCCGCCCAAGCCUCCGAUUUGCUGGCGGACGUCACCUUCGCCGGCCGCCGAGGAGACCGCGCCCGCCUCCGCGAAUCUGUCGGGAAAAUCAAAGCUUUGGCGAAGGAAAGCGAGCGCAACCGGAGAUGCUUGGCAGAGGGCGGCGCCGGCCGCGUCCUCUCCGCCCUCUUCGGCGAAUGGGGCGACGAGGAGAUCCUCUCCGCAUUAGCCUUAUUUCUACCCUUGGAUCAAGAUACGUGUCGGCAGAUCGGAUCGAACAAGUCGCUCGAUUUCGUGGUCUCCUUCCUCAAAUCUGGCGAUUUCGAUGCGGGGCUCAACGCGGCGCUAGUCCUCAAAAACCUAACCUCUUCUCUUCCGCCGGAGCGGAUCGAGGUCCUCGCGAGGACGGACGGGCUAAUCGAGGCACUGGUGAAGCUAAUCGAGAAGCCGAUCUCGCCGCGGACCACCAAGGCGGCCCUGGCGGCGGCAUUCUACCUGGUCUCGACCCACGAGAGGAUCGCGGCUAGGGUUUCGGAAUCGGGGAUCGUCCCCCUACUACUCGAGAUCCUCGUCGACGCCGACAGGAGCACCGCCGAGAAAGCUCUAGCGGUGCUGGACGGCGCUCUGGGCUGCGGCCGCGGCAGGGAGGCGGCGCGCGGCCACGCCCUGGCGGUGCCGGUGCUGGUGAAGAACAUGCUGCGGGUGUCGGAGACGGCGACGCAGUUCGCCGUGUCGGCGCUGUGGAAGCUCUGCAAGAGCGAGAGGCAAGGCGAGCGGGCCGCGGAGGCCAUCAAAGUCGGGGCCUUCCAGAAGCUUCUCAUUCUGCUCCAGGUCGGGUGCUCUGCGCCGACGAAGGAGAAGGUGAGCGAGCUGCUCAGGCUGCUGAACGCGCACAGGGGAGGCUCGGAGUGCACAGAGAGGAUGGAUUUUGGGGGAUUGAAGAAGUCCUUCUAAUCGCUAACCCUAGAUUGUAGAUUGAUGAUUACACAACAUACAUUUUGUAGAGAAAAGAUAGAACAUUGAUUGGAUUUUUUUUAUAUAUAAAAAAAAAUACACACUUGAUUCUUCAGUGAAUGCAA